AUGCCCAUCAUCAUCUCUUCCGAUAAAACCCAACUCACAACGUUUCGGAGCAAGUCCGCAUAUCCAGUGUACCUCACCAUAGGAAAUCUGCCGAAGGAGAUCCGCCGCAAGCCUUCGCAUCGUGGUCAAAUUCUUCUCGCGUACCUGCCAGCAGGCCGACUGCAGCACAUCACGAACAAAGCUGCCCGCCGCCGGACGCUGGCAAAUGUAUUUCACGCCUGCCUUUCUAUGAUACUCGAGCCUCUUCGACAGCCCGGCGUCGACGGUAUCGAGAUGACAAGUGGCGACGGGGUAGUGCGCCGCUGCCAUCCUAUCUUGGCGGUGUACGUCGGGGACUAUCCAGAACAGGUUCUCGUUACGGGAACCUACACUGGAGACUGUCCUAUUUGCAAGUGUCCACACGAUGAACUAGGGGAUUACCCUUGUCUGUCGAGUCCUCGUGAUGUUGAUGAGGUGUUUGCUGCCCUCCAUCUCGCCGGUACUGCCGACUACAACCGUGCCUGCAACAUCACGGGCAUCAAGCCCAUCCAACAUCCCUUCUGGGAGCAUCUCCCCUACGUCGACAUCUUCCGAUCCAUAACGCCCGACAUCCUGCACCAAUUACAUCAAGGCGUGAUCAAGCACGUUCUCGCAUGGAUUACAGAUAUUGUUGGCAAGGACGAGGUCGACGCGCGGGUCAAGCGACUGCCACCGAAUCAUAGCAUACGCGUUUUUCAUAAAGGCGUUUCCGGCCUAUCGCGCGUCACAGGCACUGAGCAUAAGCAGAUUGCUCGCUUCAUCCUUGGCCUCCUGAUCGAUGUUCCGUUACCAAGGGACGAGUCCGCAGACCUGAUCAGUGCAACGACGGCGCUGCUGGACUUCCUCUACAUGUCGCAAUACUCCGUGCACUCGAGCGCAACUCUCGCCGCACUCGAGAGCUCGCUCUCUGUGUUCCAUGCGAAGAAGGACGUUUUCAUACGGCUCGGUGCUCGUAGUAAUUUCCUCAUCCCGAAGCUACACAUGCUAACCCACUACGUCCGAGCAAUCAAGCUCUAUGGAACAACAGAUAAUUACAACACGGAGGCGACGGAGCGCCUCCACAUCGAUUUCGCAAAAGAAGCCUACCGUGCGACGAACCACAAGGAUGAAUUUCCUCAAAUGACAAGAUGGCUCGAACGCCGCGAGAAGGUCCUUCAACACGCCAACUAUGUCGAAUGGCGCCUACUACGUGUGGACGGCAGUCAUGAAGAUGCAGUUGCUGCGCGUCGAGUGGUACGGUGGCGGCCGCCAGACAUGGCGUGUACCCUCCAACAUGUCAUGACGAAGUAUCCGAGCCGUAAGGCCGUCCCUAUCGCUGAACUCGUCUCUCCUGAUGGCUAUGGUGCGAGUUUCCUCAUACCGGCUCUGGCUCGCUUCGUCGUCGAACAUACCAAUCCUUCCCUGUCGCGCAAUGAGGUAGAGGCUCGAGCUGCGCACAUGCUAUUCCCUUUCUCGACACUUCCGGUAUUCCACAAGGCGAAGUUCCGCAACGUCGAACACCAUGGCAAGGAAACUCUUGAUUCUAUACAUGCUCGACCGCGGCAAUUGGGGCAUGAUAGCGAGAUCCUCAUACCUGCUCGUUUCGAUACUGCGCUCGUGCGUGUGCGGCGGGUUGAUGAUCAACUUGAAGCAGACCGUCGAAUUGGUCUUUCAGAUACACGUGCGGGCCGCGUCCGCGUAAUAUUCUCACUCCCAGAGAAGAUACUGCGUCAAUGGUUCCCACCAGGGACUGCGCCACAGUGUCCGCGUCACCUCGUCUACGUCGAAUGGUUCUCCAAGUUCGCGGCCGCUCCCGACAGUCAUCAUCACAUGUACAAGAUCAAAGCUUUGACGGGGCCUGAGGGGAUAGCAUCGGUAGUGCCACUUGCAAUGCUCGAACGGAGUGUCCAUUUACAUCCGAAGUGGGGCAGUCCAGUACCUGUGCAUUGGACGAGUGAGAAUGUUCUCGAUAACUUACCACAAUACUACUCAUUCGCGCAUUAUUCUGAGACCACUGUCUGCGAGCUUGUGAAUGCAAUUAAAUACGGACUAAUUACAGAGCUUCCAGGUAUUAUCACGAAUAAUCCCAAGGCUGGUCUCGCGCAUCAUGACCUGCAUGUCCUCGAUGAGUGGGACAGUGUUCUCAACACCAUUGCGACAUGGUGUCAUCGUUAUUAUCCCAGUGGAAAGGCUGGCAAACGAUUGGCCAUGCACGUCUUGCGUACGACUGGAGACGUAUGGUUUGGCAUAGGUGUGUACACUGUCUGCGAAAUAUUCUUCCUAGCUGGUAUCUCGCCUUACCUCCGAGAAGGGGAGGUGUUUGGCAAUCCAUCACGUCUUGCCCGCUUGGUACUGGCGUAUUAUGCAUUUGUGCAUAAAGCGGUUACCAAAACAUGGGUAAAACGAGUCAAGCCCUGCAUUCGAGACGGUGUGGUUGCAGCCACGGUCGAGGAACGGCUUCGCAUUGGCAAUGGGAUGUUUGUCUGGGCAAAAGAUAAGGCAGGUGUGUCGCAACGCCUAUUUGACAGUGUGCGUGCGCACAAUUACGAGGGGGCAACAUCAAGCUCAGAUGAUCCAUUUGAGCCGACAUUCAUCCGUGCUGCACUGGAGCGUUCACCUCACCUUGGCCGAAUUGUCUUUGGCGAUCUCUGGGGCAGCAUUGCGCCUUCUGACCUCGCAAAUCCUCGGACUCCUCCCGACGCAUUGAGCAAAUUCCUAACAGAGCUCAAGUCACGAUAUGACACUCGUCUCGAUUCCAAGAGCAUGUCACCACUCUUUCUUCCUGACAGUGAACUCUGUCGUCGUCGCACACCAACAUACCGCUAUCAAGUCGCUAAAAAUGGUGUCUGGUCUAUUGUACCAGCGCCCCGUUAUCCGCAAUUCAAGCGGACGGACAAGGAGACAAAACUUUUCCGUUACAUCGUGCAGAACACAGCUAUGGUCGCAGUUGGACCUUUGGAAUAUUGCGCCAAUGCUCAAGUGGUGCGCAAACCAUCAAAGAUUCGUACUCACAAGCCUGGUGCACGAUUCUAUGUCCUGCCCGCUCGUGGGGCCCUUCCUGAUAAUGUCCCGCUCUCACUCGGGCAUCGUAAUCUCACAACCUUGGAGCGCAAGAAGUCCAUGACGCCGGAGGCCCGUGUGAAGCGGAACAAUGCCGCUCGGGCUGCCGCUCAAGCGGCUGCAGCCAAGGCAAAGCGAAAGUCGAAGAAGAGCAGAGGCGCGGUUGAGCCUAAGCUAAAAGUGUUGACAGGUAACAUUCCACUCACUGCACAGCAGCGCAAGGCCAGGACAGCUCAACUGGAGGCUUUCAACAAUCAACCACAUGUUAUAGCGCGCAAUCUAGCAGCUGCAUCAGACGUCACUCGGGCCUCUGCACCUCCAGAGACAGUCCGAGUCGAUGCCACCGCUCCUGUUGAGCCGCCGAUGAAGCGCCGGAAGCGUGCAGAGCAGGAGGUGUUGGAUAACCAGGCAGUUGUUCAAGAAUUGCCGAGGACACGCCGGACCCGUGGCCUUGUACUGAACAUGACCAAGCAUCCUGACGAUGCUGCAUUGGGUAUUAGACAUCGCCGCCAUCACAGUACUAGGCAAUAG